AAAAAAAAACAAAAUAGUCGGGCAAAGGAUCCAUCACGUGACCAUCCCUUUGGCGCAUUUUCCAACCUCAAAGCUUUGAAGGCGAAGAAGAUGAAGAUGAAGAUUAAGAGCUUCGACUCUGCGCAGAGAAGACGUCUCGACAAGAUAAAGCCACUAUUCGACUCCACUAAUUAUCAAGACCCCCUUUUCCUCUCGUUCAAAUCCUCUGAGAUCACCCGCUGGCCGAAAGUGAGCUCUUUUCGACCGUUCCUGAGAUAGCUCCGUCACCAAGAACUCGACACUCCGAGCCUAACACACCUAUCGAACCCGCCUCCAGCGUACUUUUUCUGCGACCUGUUCUUUGAGAUAGUUGGAAAGACUUGUACUCCUUAAUAGGACGAUUAGGGCCGUCCUAUCAAAAAGAUAUCUCCCGUCACCCCGAGACUCUAACUUGACUGCUGGACGUCCGAACCGAGCUCAACCCCAGCCAACCAACACAUAAUUAAUACCAAACAUGUCGCAUCCAGGAAACGAACAACAGUUUGCUUCGGAGGAUGAAGAAGAUUUCAAUCCUGCGCCGGCUGAAGAUUCCGAGCCAGAAGCUGAAGAUGACCAGCAAGAUAAUCGCAGCGGCGGAAAACCCAUAGAUAACGACGAUGGACAAGAGGCCAGAGGUGAAGAUGAAGCCGGUGUCGAAGACGAUGAUGAAGGGGAGCCCGAAGGAGAUAACGAGGAUGACGAUGAAGAGGAAGAAGAAGAGGAGGAGGAUGAGGAAGCAGUUACCGUAAGUGUGCCUUACAUCUCCAGUUUUGAGACGCUCUUAGUUACCUUUGAGUCCGAUGCUGAUGAGUGCGAAUAGGGUCGCCCUCGAAAGCGCAGAAGACAUGGACUCGGCGCUUUCUUCGAAGAAGAAGCAGAAGUCGACGACGAAGAUGAAGCGGAAGAUGAAGAAGACGAAAUCGAAGCCGGUUUCGUCCACCAUGACGAUGAAGUUGUCCUGCCCGCUGGCGCAGAAACGGAUGAUAGGCGCCAUCGUGAACUCGAUCGAAAGCGUGAUAUGGAUGCAACGAUGGAUGCGGAGCAGCAGGCGCAAGCUCUAAAAGAACGAUAUGGCCGAAACCGUGCCUCUGGAGCUGAUCUUGUCGUUGUCCCCAAAAGGCUUCUCCUACCUAGCGUUGAUGACCCGAGCAUAUGGGGUGUCAAGUGUCGACCGGGCAAGGAGAGGGAGAUUGUGUUCAGCAUUAUCAAGCGCAUGGAAGAGCGGCCCCUUGGCUCACGAAACCCUAUCAAGAUCAUAUCCGCUUUUGAGCGCGGUGGAACUAUGGCUGGUUAUAUCUACGUGGAAGCCCGGAAACAAGCCGAUAUCAUUGAUGCCUUAGAUGGAAUGUCUAAUAUUUACGUCAGGUCUAAGAUGACCUUAAUCUCUGUCAAGGAAAUGCCUGAUCUACUCCGAGUGAAAAAGUCAGAGGAACUUACCCCGGGAGGCUGGGUCCGAAUCAAGCGUGGACGAUACCAAGGGGACUUGGCCCAGCUUGAGGAAGUUGAGACAAAUGGGCUUAAUGUUACCGUUAGACUUGUCCCUCGUUUGGAGUACGGACUCAACGAAGACAGCAAUGCGCCUGCUCUCGACCCCAAGCGUAAGAGGAUUGGAGGAGGGAGUAGUGCGAUUGCCAGGCCUCCUCAACGGCUGUUCAGUGAGGCAGAAGCGAAGAAGAGACACUCCAAGUAUCUCUCUGCUACAUCUAGCUUGGGAGGCAAGUCUUGGUCUUAUCUUGGUGAUACUUACGUCGAUGGCUUCCUUAUCAAAAACAUGAAAGUUCAACAUCUCAUCACCAAAAAUGUUAACCCUCAACUUGACGAGGUGACAAAGUUCGCUCGUGGUGCCGAUGAUGGAACUUCGAAUCUCGAUCUUGCAUCUUUGGCUGCUACAAUCAAGAAUACGACUGAAGAGGAUGCCUAUCUGGUUGGAGACACUGUUGAAGUCUUUGCAGGCGAACAGCGCGGUGUCGUUGGCCAGACAGUAGCAACCCGCGGCGACAUUGUUACCAUCAAAGUCACUCAAGGUGAACUACAAGGCCAGCAUAUUGAUGUGCCCACCAAGGGUCUUCGAAAGAGAUUCAGCGAAGGUGAUCAUGUCAAAGUCAUCGGAGGAAGCAAGUAUCGCGAUGAAUUGGGUAUGGUUGUUCGGAUCAAGGAUGACCGAGUCACCAUCCUCACAGACAUGACGAUGCAAGAGAUCACCGUUUUUAGCAAGGAUUUGAGAGAAGCUGAUGACAUUGGGGUUGAUGGAAAGUUGGGCCAGUAUGAUGUCCAUGAUUUGGUGCAAAUCGACCAAACAACAGUUGGAUGUGUGGUGAAACUUGAUAGAGAGUCAAUGCGAGUCAUAGACCAGAAUGGCUCAACCCAAAUUGUGCUUCCAUCGCGGGUUUUGGGCAAGAUCGAACACCGACGACAUGCUGUCACCACUGACCGAAAUGGUUCUGAAAUCAAGUGUGGAGAUACCGUGAAAGAGGUGACUGGUGAGCAGCGGACUGGUACCAUCCUGCAUAUCCAUAGAGCGUUCCUCUUCUGUACUAGCAAGGUUGUGGGAGAUAAUGCUGGUAUCAUGGUCACUAGAGCUAUAAACGUUACUACCGUGGCCACCAGCGGUUCUAAAUUAGGUAGGUCUGCCCCAGAUCUAUCAAAGAUGAAUCCGGCUUUGCAGAAGAACGGUAUGAAUGGUUCUGGAAUGCCACCACCGCGAACAUUCGGCAGGGACCGACUUGUUGGAAAGACUGUUCAUAUUCGAAGGGGUCCGUUCAAGGGUCUGCUGGGUAUCGUCAAGGACACAACGGAUAUCAUUGCUCGAGUAGAGUUACACUCCGUUUCAAAAGUCGUACCUGUUGAAAAGGAGAAUCUCUCUGUCAAGGACCCGAUUACUGGACAACCUGUAGAUAUCAACCGAUUUGGUGGCAGAGGUGGUGGUGCUCCGAGAGUUCCACAAUCCAUGGCUACAGGAAGAGCUGGCCCCCAAGAUGCUGCAUGGCAAGGGGGAAGAACACCGAUUGCUAUGGGCGAUUCGUCUCGUACACCAGCCUGGCGAGCGUCAUCUUCUCGAACCCCUGCUUGGAAUGCUGCAGUAGGAUCUCGCACUCCCGCUUGGAAGGCUGAAGGUUCUCGUACCGCCAACCCUUAUGAUGGUAACAGAACCUCUUACGGUGGGUUUGGUGGACGUACUCCAGCCUGGACUUCUGGAACAAAGACACCUCACGAUGCUGGGUCCGGGUUCUCAGGGGGCUCUUCAAACUCAGGCUUUGACGCCUUCAUGGCCGGCUCUCGAACCCCAGGUCAUCCGGGUGCAAUGGCGGCAAACAGUGGCUCCCGUACACCUGCCUGGGGCCAUUCUGGAAGCUCCAGCUCACAUCUCAGCACCAAUGCCGGCAGAGCUUUCGAUGCUCCUACUCCUGGCGGUGACUACACGGCUCCAUCUCCCGCCCCAUUCGGCAGUGCUCCAACUCCUGGAGCAACAGCUGCUACUCCUCGUGCAUGGCCGGAUAAUGCACCUACACCUGGUGCUUCAACUUUUGCUGGAAAACGUAUAGAUGGUGAUGCGUAUGAUGCGCCUACACCUGCCGGUGAUCAUCGACCAUAUGACGCACCCACUCCUGCAAUCGGGAUGGGCUUCCCUGCUACUCCUGGUGCCAUGGACGAUGCACCUCGAUAUGCAGAGGGCACUCCAAGUCCAUGAUGAAGCAGAUUUAUGUCAAGCACAUCCACUACCUUAUCUGAAAACGCUAAGCAGGCAAGGUUACCCACUUUUUACCUGAGAAAUCUUCUUCUUUUUCUUUAGUUUACUUCCGGCUCGGUAUUCAUUUGAUUAUGUUCCAAAUGCCGUGGAUUUCAUUUUAUGAUCUGACUUAGUGGACGUAGGCGCUGGGAUAUCAAAUAUUUCAUCCCUCACUGAUGUUCCUGAUUUGCGUGUCCUCUGGAUGUUUUUAUUUUGCCAAGCAAAAUGAUGGAAAACCAGGGGAAAAAAAUUGAUCUGAACCUCAAGGCAAAGCAGGAGUUCAUUUUUGUUUCUUGUAUUAUUAGCUAGCAUGUCUUUGUCGUUCCAAUGACAAUAGAUCCCUUACAUAGUUUUUCCCCUUUGCGAAGAUACUAGAAGUCACCGACGCUCUAGCUAUAAAUGCUUACGUAACCAACAGCAUGACGCCCCGCAAGCUAUC